AAGACCUGAGUUCUUGCCUCAGCAGUCUUGCUGACAAACCAGUGUAGGGAGAGGGCCCAUAUCUGUGGACCCAUCUUCAUCUGUAGAGAAACAGGACCAGAGUCUGUGACAAGUGGGUGAAGGGGAAGGAAAACAGGACCAGUUGGUGGUCUUUGUCAUGGCCUGGCCCAGGAGUGAGUCCCUAAAGGAGGGUCAGGAACAGGUGGAGCAGUUACAGGUCUAGCUGCAGAACUACAUCAAGGCAGCCAACUAGGUGAUUGGUGCUUUGAAAAUGGAAAUGCUAGACGACCUUGAGUCUCUGAGGUUUGAGUAUGGGGUUCCAGAGGAAGAACGUUACUGGCUGUAUUUACAGGGUCGUUAUCGGGGAUUGAUGAUCAAGGGCUGUGCCCAUGCAGCCUUCUUUUGCAAAAUGUUCUCUGAUUUGAGCAAUUUACUGCAGAAGCUGCCACGCACAAUACAUCCCCGGACUGUAUCAUUUGAUGCCACCGUUACUGAGGAUGAGAAGCUAACUGUGGGCAUCAUUGGAUGUGGCCACCUUGGGAAGCAGCUGGCUAAUGUACUGCUGAAAACCGUCCCUAUCCCUGCUGAGAACUUGCAGAUCUCCACUCGGAGGCCAGACUCCUUGGUUGAGUUACGGAAACUAGGGGUCCGGUGCGUCUAUGACAACACUGCUGUGGCGAGCUGGGCCAAGGUGUUGUUCCUCUGCUGUUUGCCGGCCCAGCUGCCUAAUAUCUGCCUAGAGAUUCAAUCCAGACUGGAGAAGUCCUGCACCGUGUACAGCUUUGUAGCCGCCAUUCCAUUACCCAGGCUGAAAAGUCUACUGAACCACACCAAUAUCAUACGGCCCCAGUAUCAGUUUGUUGAGGAUUUUGACGACAUCUGGGGAGAGAAUGAGGAGGUCCCAGCUGCUCUCCAAGAUUCAACGAUUAUCCGCGGUACCUGCCCCUACAAUAAUCUUGGGGGAGUGAUUCUCAAUGUCAAGUGGCUGGAGGGACUCUGCUACGCCCUCAUCAACGCCUGCACUACACGGAGCGUGUUCCACUCUCAGGUGCUGAAGCUUCUAAACAAACUCUUUCUCUCUAUGCACUUAGAAAGCUGCAAGACAGACCCAACAUCCUGCCCCAAAUUCCAGUUAACAAAUUUCAUGAACAAAAGCUACGUCAAGAACUUGUAUCAUAAAAGGCCUUUCCCCUGGUUUGAUCUGACUACUGUGCAACUCAAGGAAACUCCAUUUAGCCAGCACAUCUCAGCCACUCGGUCUCUUCAGGACCACAUUACCCUUCUGUAUUGUGAAUCAUUUGGCCUCACCAUAAGCGAAGAAGAACUGCCUUAUGUUUCUACAGUUAUCCAGCCCCCAGAAGAUGAGGAUUGACAGAGAGCCAUGUCUUGUGUUUGACAUCUGAGUGACGAAUAAAACAUGGGCUCCUCCUCUAUAUAUCAGUAUACUUGGGUAUUUCUAGCUCUCAGAAACAAUCUAAUACAUUGCUUUCCCACAAAGGCCUUGUUAACACA